UGUCGAGUUAGCGGCUAGAGCUAAAAUGGAAUGGGACUGAUAGGACAGUAGCCAGUGGAAAAGCCGGCUAUAGUCUGCUUUAUUUUCAGAGGGACGGUUUUGGACAAGUCUGACAUAAAUAAGUGAUAGGGUUGCUUACUACUUUUCUCCUGUUCUUCCUGCCUGACCCUGGAUGACCUCGGCCCGCAUUGCCCCUCAUCACCAUCAUCUGCUUCACCACCUGGGGAACCUGACCUUCACGGAUGACACUGCACAACUCUCCUUCUACUGCUCACUGUGCUUUGUUGCUGUAACUGGCCUUGGACAACACCCUUGGAUAAUGCUGUACCCAAAAUGCAUUCCUGAACAUUUACUUGUCCAAUUUCUGGACCUUUUUUAACCUUUCAUUUUUUGACCCCCUGUUGUGUGGAACGAACAUGCUGGGCAUGUUUGGUGUUCGUGCUUGCUCUGGUAUGCUGGGUUUUCGGACUGUAACACACGUACGAACUUUACAAUCUUUCCCUGGGAUCACUGUUGCUCAGAUUGAUGAAGAGGUAGCCAAACUGCUGGAGCUGAAGGCUCGGUUAGGAGGAGAUGAUGGAAAACAUCAGUUUGUCCUCAAGACUGCGAAGGGAACAAGGGACUACAGCCCCAAGCAGAUGGCCAUCAGGGAGAAGGUCUUCAACAUCAUCAUCAACUGCUUCAAACGCCAUGGAGCAGAGACUAUUGACACACCUGUCUUUGAACUAAAGGAAACAUUGACAGGGAAAUAUGGAGAAGAUUCCAAGCUCAUCUAUGACCUCAAAGACCAAGGAGGAGAGCUGCUGUCCCUCAGAUAUGACCUCACUGUGCCCUUUGCUCGCUACCUGGCAAUGCACAAAAUAACCAACAUCAAGCGCUACCACAUUGCUAAGGUCUAUCGCCGCGACAACCCAGCAAUGACCCGUGGACGCUACAGAGAGUUUUACCAAUGUGAUUUUGACAUAGCAGGGCAGUAUGACGCCAUGAUUCCAGACGCUGAGUGUCUGAAGAUCGUUCAUGAAAUCCUCAGUGAGCUGGACCUCGGAGAUUUUUAUAUUAAGGUCAACGACAGACGUAUCCUUGAUGGGAUGUUUGCUGUGUGCGGUGUUCCAGAUGACAAGUUCCGCACCAUCUGUUCAACUGUGGAUAAACUGGACAAGGUGCCUUGGGAGGACGUGAAGAAGGAGAUGGUGAACGAGAAGGGCUUGUCAGAGGAGGCUGCUGACCAAAUUGGAGCGUACGUCAGUAUGCAGGGUGGCACGGACUUAGCAGAGCGCCUCCUUCAGGACCACAAACUUUCUCAGAGUAAGCAGGCCUGUGCUGGCCUGUCAGACAUCAAGCUGCUCUUCAGCUACCUGCAGCUGUUCCAGGUCACAGACAAGGUGGUGUUUGACCUCAGUCUGGCCCGGGGUCUAGACUAUUACACAGGAGUCAUUUAUGAGGCAGUACUGACUCAGGCAGGCGUGGCCCCAGUCACCAGUGAAGCCCAAAAUGGGCCAAUGGCCGAGGAGAGUGUCAGUGUGGGCAGCGUGGCAGGAGGGGGCCGCUACGACGGCCUGGUGGGUAUGUUUGACCCCAAGGGCAGGAAAGUGCCGUGUGUGGGUGUCAGCAUUGGAAUCGAGAGGAUCUUUUCCAUCAUGGAACAGAAGGCUGUGGCCUCAGCACAGAAAGUUCGUACCACAGAGGUUCAGGUCAUGGUGGCAUCUGCUCAGAAAAACCUGUUGGAGGAAAGGCUCAAACUUGUCACCGAGUUGUGGAAUGCUGGUAUUAAGGCAGAGGUGAUGCACAAGAAGAACCCCAAACUGCUUAGUCAGCUGCAGCACUGUGAGGAGUCGGGGAUCCCCCUGGUGGCCAUACUGGGAGAACAAGAGCUGAAAGAUGGAGUGGUCAAACUCCGCGUAGUGGCCACAAGAGAGGAGGUUGAUAUUUCCAGAGCUGAUCUUAUAGGUGAGAUCAGGAGGAGGACCUGAGGCCUAGUCAUUCCUUUCUCUCCAACUACAACCUCACCUCAUCCCCAGAUUGGUUCAGACAGCCAUGCUGCAGAUUCUUGUACAGUUUGCCUAGUUACACAGCAGCCGCAUAGGCUGCUAUUAAAGCACGUGGUGUUUGUGUUGCAUACUGUAAAGAGCAAGAAACCAAAAACAAGGAAACUAAUUGGAUAUGUUUUUAAGAUGUGAGUUAUUAAAGGCAGCAUUGUCACUGGAAAACACCAUUCAGAAAAUAAGAUGCAGUUAACAUGAAGUGUGUUCUUUGAAGGACACACUUCAUGUUGACACUUUCAUUGUCAACACUAUACACUAGUCUGCUCUGAGGACCAGAUCACCGAUGCCAAACUACUCUCAUCCGAGAAAAGUUUCCUUGUUUCCAUUAAGCUGCUGCAGAUCAGUUAGGUCAAAUUCAAUUAUAAGAAAAUCACAUUUUUAGAGCAGUGAUUCUACAGCAGUCUUUCAUCUGCUCAGGACCAAGGAUGAGAGACUCUGUUAGACAUUUACUUCCUACAUGAGCCCAGUCAGAUGAUUUGUGCAGUUCAACUUCUGACAUGUAAGGCUCAUUCCUAUAUCAAACCUGCUUGGUCUGCUUGUUGUCUGAAAUAAACACAUUGAAGCCAUCAUUGUGCUCAAUAUUCACACA